GGCGCCAAGUCCCGCGCCGCCGACGUGACGUGCGCCGCGACCACCGCUUCGCACUCACCGCCAUGGACACGGACGCCAAGGACAAGGCCGAGUCGGCCAAGUCGGCCUUCGUCUUCGCCGAGGGCCCCGGCGCCUUCCUCGAGAAGCUCGCGACGCUGAGCCGCCCGGCGCGCGUGCGGCGCCUGCUCCUCGUGGCCAAGCACAGCGCCGACGCCCCGCAAGCGCUCGCGUUCGCCGCGGCGGCCGUCGACGAGGCGAAGCGCGGCCUCGACACCGCGGGCUACCGGGACGCGGUCGCGGCGCACGACGGCCUCGGCCCCGCGUCCAAGCUCGGCGUCGACGCGCCGUGGCUCGAGGCGUCGGACGCGCGCGCGCGCGAGACCCAGGAGCGCCUCGAGGGCGAGCUCGCGAGCAAGCGGUCAUCGCUGAACAAGGACGCGAUCUGGGCCGCGUACCGCGGCCUCGGCGACUUCUUCGUCGAGCGCGGCGAGAACGCGCACGCGCUCAAGUGCUUCGUGCGCAUGCGCGACUACAGCACGUCGUCCCAGCGGACCGUCGAGACCUGCGGCCGCGUCGCCGCGGCGGCCGUGGACCUCAAGAACUGGGCGCACGUCGCCAACUACUGCGCCAAGGCCGACCACGCGCUGGACGCGCUCGGCCCGUCCGCGCGCGCGGACGGCGGCGCGCGCGACCUGGCGCUGCGGCUCCAGGCCUGCGGCGCCGUCGCGGCCGUCGCGUCCAAGUCCUACGCGACGGCCGCGCGCGCCUUCGUCGAGCUCGCGAAGGCCGCCGGCGGCGACCGCGACGGCGCGCCCGAGGCCGGCGCCGCGGCGCCAGGCCGCGACGCGGUGCCGCCGGGCGACUUCGCCGCCUGCGCCGCGCUGCUGGCCCUCGCGAGCCUGCCGCGCGACGAGCUCAAGCGGUCCUGCGUCGAGGACGUCGCCUUCAAGAACGCCGUCGCCUCGCUGCCCCGCGUCAAAGCGCUCCUCUCGGACGCGUUGUCCGGGUCCUACGCGGCGGCGCUGCGCGAGCUGGCCGCCAUCGUCGACGAGCUGAGCUUCGACCCGGCCCUGCGGCCCCACGCGGCGCACCUCGGGGCCCUCGCGCGCGACAAGUGCCUCGCGGACUACUGCAAGCCCUACGGCGCCGUGUGCCUCCGGCGCAUGGCCGGUGCCUUCGACAUGUCGCUCGAGGACGUCGAGAGCGCCGUGGCGAAGCUGGUCGUGGCCAAGAAGAUCCACGCGCGCGUAGACUCCCAGCGGAAGACGCUGAUUGCCGUCGACCGCGACGCGCGCGCGGCGUCGCUCGGCACGGUCCUCGACCACGGCCGCGCGUACGUCGGCGAGGUCAAGGCGCUGGCGUUGCGCAUGUCGUGCCUCGAGCACGAUUUGGUCGUGCGCGCGCGCGGCGGCGCGCUCGGCGCGCCGGGCCUCGCGACGUCGCGCUUCGACGACCGCGCGCUCCCGCCGUCCGCGUGGGCCGGCGGCGGCGGCGGCGACCCGCGCCGGGGCCUCCGCGGCGACAGCCGCAAGUUCGCGAACCGCCGCUACGACGCCUUCGACCACCCGGCCCAGGCCAUCUACGGCCGCGACGACGACGACGACGACGAGGCGCUCGAGGCCAAUUGCACGAUGGCCGACGACAAGGACGACGACGAGGAGAUGACGCUCAACGAGGCGCCCGACGAGGAGGAGGAGGCCGGCGGCGCCGCCGCGGAGCCGUCCGCCGCGGCGAAGAAGAAGAAGAAGAAAAAGAAGAAGAAGAAGGCCGCGGAGGACGGCGGCGACGACGGCGACGCCGAGGACGCCGCCGCCGCGCCCGCGGACGAGCCCGACGGCGACGACGACGCCGACGCCGACGCCGGCGACGGCGACGCCGCCGCGAAGAAGAAGAAGAAGAAGAAGAAGAAGAAGGCCGCGCCGAAGACGGGGAGCAAGCUGCCGUUGAGCCGCAAGCUCGGCGGCUUCACCGACUCCUACGUGCGCUACGGCCAGACGGAGCCGCCGACGAUCCCCGUGUCGAAGCUCUUCGAGCGGUUCCCCGUCGGCGAGAUCCAGGACUACCAGGGCGCCAACGCCUACCGCACGACGUCCGAGGAGAAGCGGGCCCAGGAGCGCAUGCAGGACGACCUGUGGAACAAGGUGCGCCACGCGAGCGAGGUCCACCGGCAGGUGCGGCGCUACGCGCAGUCGUUCGUGAAACCGGGCCUGUCGCUGACGGAGAUGUGCGAGAAGCUGGAGAACAAGAACCGCGAGCUCGUCGAGGAGCGGGGCCUCACGGCGGGCAUCGGCUUCCCCACGGGCUGCAGCAUCAACCACAUCGCGGCCCACUUCACGCCGAACGCGGGCGACACGACGGUCAUCCAGCAGGGCGACGUCAUGUCCAUCGACUUCGGGACGCAGAUCGACGGGCGCAUCAUCGACUGCGCCUGGACCGUGACCUUCGACGAGAAGUACGACAAUCUGCUGGAGGCGGUGAAGCAGGCCACGGAGACGGGCAUCCGGGAGGCGGGCGUCGACGUCCGCCUCUGCGACAUCGGCGAGGCCAUCGAGGAGGUCAUGGAGUCCUACGAGCUCGAGCUCGACGGCAAGACGCUGCCCGUCAAGUGCGUGCGCAACCUCAACGGCCACUCCAUGGGGCCCUACCAGAUCCACGCGGGCAAGUCCGUGCCCAUCGUCAAGGGCGGCGACGCGACGAGGAUGGAGGAGGGCGAGUUCUACGCGAUCGAGACGUUCGGCUCCACGGGCCGCGGCCACGUCGUCGAGGACCUCGAGUGCUCCCACUACAUGAAGAACUUCCACGCGCCCCACGUGCCCCUGCGCAUGCCCCGGGCCAAGAAGCUCCUCUCGCACAUCAACAAGACCUUCGGCACACUCGCCUUCUGCCGCCGCUGGCUCGAGCGCGACGACGGCGGCUCCACCGCGGUCAACGGCGCGAGCGGCGCCAAGCAGGAGAAGUACCUCGGCGCGCUCAAGAACCUCUGCGACGUCGGCAUCAUCCAGCCCUACCCGCCCCUCUGCGACAUCAAGGGCUCCUACGUCGCCCAGUACGAGCACACGGUCCUCCUCAGGCCCACGUGCAAGGAGGUCGUCUCCCGCGGCGACGACUUCUAG